AAACAGAACGGUGGGUGGCUGCGUCGGUGAGUGUGGUGGCUGGAACACUGGCCUUCCCUUUCUUUGUAUUUGGAUUCCCCGUCGCCAUCCAGUUGGAAGGGGUACUCCGACUCCUGACACGAACUCGCUUUGUGUUAGCACUGUGCCUUCAGUAUCCUUUGCGAGGGGUUUAUUGUGCCAUCAGCGCGAAGCAAAUGGGCAGUUCUGGGAGUCGGGGGGCUGGGGUGGGUCUAGUGCUCCUCCAGACUUACCGAGUCCAGGUCUAGACCAGCACAAGAAUUGCAUUGGGCUGCGCUUCAGGGCCGCGCCGAGAUGGCGGGCUAGGGAGAGGAUGUCAGCUGUGAAGUAGCGUUUGUGUGUUUUGAGCGGAGUAUCAGAAACCUGAGCCGAAGGUUUGUUUAAGAGCUAGGCCGCGAAUACAACGGAAGAGGGUGAACUUGGCUGAAAAAGUCUCGCCUUGUCGCGUCUUGGGCCCUGGAGUUGACGUGGUCUAACUGCCGGGUCGAGAAGGAGAGCUCAUCAGCUGAGUUUAAGCCUGGCGGUCCUACUGCUCAGCCUGGUUCUCUGAGAAACUGAAAUGAAUGAGAAGGCUUGCCUGAGAGGAGAUAAAUGAUAGAGAAGAUAAGGACUUGAUAAUUUGGAGGCCAGUUUUACUAGUGUUAGUUUAUGACAUUUUACCAUCUGUUGAAGUAAUCAAAAAUGGAAAAUUUUGCAAAAGCAGCGGACUGUGUAAAGAUCUCUCUUGAAGAAGCAAAAAUAUCAAUAGAUUCAGAAACAGAGUCUUCAUUCAGUAUUAAUGAAAACACAGCUGCUCCUGGGUCUAGGCUUUUGGAGAAGGCUCCUACCUAUGGGCAAGUAGACACACUGAAAAAGAGAAAAACGGAGUUUGCAGAUGAUGUUAUAAAAGAGUUUUCCAGUUGUGGGGAAGAUAUUGCAUCCAAGAAAAAACUUGAUGCUGAAAUUGUCCCAGAGGAAAAAGGUUCUGGUGAUGAUGAAGGCAUUUCAAGGAAAAGAAGACUGGAAACUGAUGAUUUUACAAAAGAUAAACCUUCUCCUGGAGAUAACACCCAGAAAAAGAGAAAAAUAGAACUUGAAGAUGUUCCUGAAAAACAAAGAAAUUUAGAAGAAGGACACAGCUCAACAGUGGCUGCUCACUACAAUGAACUUCAGGAAAUUGGUUUGGAGAAGCGUAGCCAAAGUCGUAUUUUCUACCUAAGAAACUUUAAUAAUUGGAUGAAAAGCGUCCUCAUUGGGGAAUUUUUAGAAAAGUUACGACAGAAAAAAAAACGUGACAUUACUGUUUUGGACCUGGGAUGUGGUAAAGGUGGAGAUUUACUUAAGUGGAAAAAAGGAAGAAUUAACAAGCUAGUUUGUACUGAUAUUGCUGAUGUUUCUGUCAAACAGUGUCAGCAGCGGUAUGAGGACAUGAAAAAUCGUCGUGAUAAUGAAUAUAUUUUCAAUGCAGAAUUUAUAACUGCUGAUUGCUCAAAGGAACUUUUGAUUGACAAAUUUCAUGACCCAGAAAUGUACUUUGACAUCUGCAGUUGUCAGUUUGUCUGUCAUUACUCAUUUGAGUCCUAUGAACAGGCAGACAUGAUGCUCAGAAAUGCUUGUGAGCGACUUAGUCCUGGAGGCUAUUUUAUUGGUACCACUCCCAAUAGCUUUGAACUGAUAAGACGCCUUGAAGCUUCAGAAACAGAAUCAUUUGGAAAUGAAAUAUAUACUGUGAAAUUUCAGAAGAAAGGAGAUUAUCCGUUAUUUGGCUGCAAAUAUGACUUCAACUUGGAAGGUGUUGUGGAUGUCCCUGAAUUCUUGGUCUAUUUCCCAUUGCUAAAUGAAAUGGUAAAGAAGUAUAAUAUGAAACUAGUCUACAAAAAAACAUUUCUUGAAUUCUAUGAAGAAAAGAUUAAGAACAAUGAAAAUAAAAUGCUGUUAAAACGAAUGCAGGCCCUGGAGCCAUAUCCUGCAAAUGAGAAUUCCAGACUUGCCUCUGAAAAGGUGGACGACUAUGAACAUGCAGCACAGUACAUGAAGAAUAGUCAAGUAAAGUUACCUUUGGGAACCUUAAGUAAAUCAGAAUGGGAAGCUACAAGUAUUUAUUUGGUUUUUGCAUUUGAGAAGCAGCAGUGAGCACCAGAACAGCUGUGUUCCAUCUUAUACAGAUUUGAGUGAUCCACCUUAAAUAGAUUUGACAACUUUCUGUUUGUUUAUUUUAAUUAUUCUGAAUGUACAGGAUGCUGCCAGAAACUCCAGUGCAUACAUUUAAUAUUUGCUGUCUGUGACAGACUAACUUUGGUGUGUGUGUAUAUAAGAAUGAAUUGGGACCUUCUUCUUUAAAAAUCUAUUUUUAAUGUUCAAAUAAUUCCAUUUGCCUUUACUCUCUUAGCUUAUAAAAAUUAUACAGCUUGUUAAAGCCACUGAACUCUUUCCACAGUGCUUUGACUUGCUCAGUCUGUUUACAGUAUUAACUUUACUACAGUUUUAGAAUUGAUGAAGGAGUAUGCUGGUUUGCAGGUGUGUGUACUCAUUUCCAUCAUUUCGUAGUGUGUUUCCAGAUUAAAUGGAUUGCUUUUCUGUGUAAUUGAAUGUAAUGUUCAGUAUGAAUCACUAAAGGUAUAAGUUUAAAACUAAAUUUUAGGUGGUCAUAAUAGUUAUUUACUCAGAAUUUUAGCCAGUUAUUACAUUUUGUUAUAAAUUGUAACUAUUUUAUUUGCUAAUAUGAUGUAAUUCUGGAACCAGAGAGAGCAUUUUGGAUGCCAGCAUAGAAUGGCUUUGUACCUUGGGGGCUUUCUCUGAAAAAUUUCCUGCCAUACCAAUUAAUGUUUCUAGAUUUCAAGAAUGUAAUUAGAUUUACCUCUCUUCAUUGAACAAAAAUGCUGUAGUUGUUUUUUCUCAAGAUAUAAUGGAAACCUCACCAUGUAAACCCAUUGCAGAUUAUUGUUGGAUUUAGAUGGGAACUGCAAUCGGGGGAUGUGGUUAUUAAAAAAAAAAACAAAACUGAACAGACUUCAGGUUAAUUCUUUCCUUGGUAGAUCUAGGUUACUGACAUUACCUGUUAUAGAUCCAUUACUUCCUUUGUCCCAGAAAGAAGCAGGAGUAUUGAUUCCUCAAUUAUAGUGUUGUACUUUGCAUAGUAGGAUCAAGCGUCUUACCACCAUUCAGAAUUUGUAUUUGCUGUUUCAAAACUAUUACAGUUGUCAGUCCUAGCUUCUUGCUUGACUACUGUUCCAAAAUUGAUGUGAACCAAAGCUAGGUUAACUUGUCUAUACAUCACUGUUCAGAAAAGUUGACACUUUUUGCAUGUAGGAAAAAACUUAAAUAGCAAAGCAGCAUAAUUAUUGCAUAUUCUUUUAAAAAUCAUUUCCUUUAAGCAUGUUUAAAAAACAUUACUUUCUAUAAUUAUCAUGAAUACAUAUAAAAAGUGUAGUUUUUACUUUGUUUAUAUAUGUUGUUCAUGGGGUUGGAAUAGCAAGUCUCUUAGCAAGAAACAUUGGUUAAUGAAUUUAUGUUUCUUCUGCAGUCUGUCAGUCUCCAAACUGUUACCAGUUUACAAAAAUUAAGUCUUUUUGCCUUGGUGGUUGCCAUGAGUCAUUUGGGAAAAUAACAGUACAUCUGAUUAUGAUGACUGCUCUUAGCUUUCUAAGGUUUUUGUAAUGGUGUGGUGCUGAGGAAUUAGAGAUGGUAAAUGGGUUCAUUUUAGUUCUGGAGGAAGUACCAGAAAGUAUUGUAAAAAUUCAGUAGAACAUGAAAAGCUUCUUUAUUAUUUUCUAUCACUAUUCUCAUUUAAUGGUCUUAGUUAAUAAGUAAAUAAUAAAACAUGUUUAGCCUCUUUCUGUUCUUUUCACCCCAAAGGAUGGAAUAAUUGUUGAUAAUACAAAGCAGAGAGAAAAGGAAGGGCCAGGGCCAUGGGUAGAAAGGCGCAUAGGAGAUCCUGAAUGGAUGGAUCAGGGUUCUGGGGUCUGAGUGCACUGUUGUGUGUGCAGGAAAGGUGCAGAUCUGCACCUGAGAAUGUGGAAUUCCAGAAGUCACCCUUUUCUUUGAGUGUUAGUCUCACUGUCUUUGGUCGUCCCUCCACUCCCUGGUGUCUCCUUGCUGCAAUUAAGUGUCUGGACAGUGGCCCCUGCCCAACAUCACCAAGCUGGUAGGACUCCCCACCACACACACACUCUAAAUAUUUGGUUACAUUCCAUUCCAGACUUGUAACUAUCAGGAAAGGAAGGGUAUGGCUUUCACAGGUCAGUGAUGUAAACUGUUCAUGGCAGUGACGCGGGACACUCCCAGACCUGGUUGUCCUCUUAUGAUGAAAGUAGAAAUGAAGAUAAAGUCAGCUAUUUGUGGAAAGAACACAACUUGAUAUUGGAAGGAUUGAUCUAGGAACAUGACUGGAUGGUGGUGCAACCAAGAACACUCAAAUUCAAUUUUCUGAGCCAAGGAUAGGCUAAAGGGAAGGCACUGUGUAGCCCUAGUGUCCAGAGAGAGAAACUGGCCAAUUCUUGCUGCAUUCAGAGGGGAGGUGUCCUAACCUACAGACAACAAAAAGCCUGCAGGUUGUAACUCUGCUUUAUCUGUGCCCACAAAGCCUCUGGUUCUAGUGUGACUCCCCACAGAAAUUUGCCUUCAGGGAGAGAAGGCAUUGAUUAGAGACUUUGACAUUUAUUAAUUAAUCCUUGUAAUUAUCAGUUACAGCUUCAUUGUUUAACACCUCCCCAAAUUUAGAAAUUGAGGAAAUACGAUUGCUGUCUAACUUUGUCAAUGGCAUUAAUAGGGCAUCGGAGCAGAGGUGUGCAAAGUGAGACAGGCUUUGAGGUGUAGGGUCCAAUGUUAAUCAUCAUUGGAGAGGCAGAAAAAGCAUUGUCUGAUAUCUGUAUCUCUGGUCCCAUUAGCUUUUUGGGGAAUUUAUUCUUUAGCCCUUACUAGCUUAUUGCUCUUAUGUAAUUUUGAUGUCUUUGAGUACCCUUCUAAUGAAGAUUUGGCUUGUGUAGGUCUGCCUUCGGGAAAAAUGCCAGUGUACAUAUUCAGUAGAACAUUAUUUUUCACUGUUGUUAAAAUGACUUUUUGUUGUCUACCUCAGGCUUUGUAUGUAUCACGAGCCUGUCACUGCCAAGUCUCUGGAUUUUCAAAAUAGAGGCCAGAUCUAGACAUGAGGGCUGUAUAAAUAAAGUACCAAAAUGCCUUUGGCAUUUGCUGGCCAUUUAGUCGAGUAGGAAGCAUAUACAAUUUCAUCACCUCCCUAAUUGCUGUUAUAUCAGAUUCUACACACCUCAUAAGAAGUUUCUUCAUUUUUCACCCUCUGACAGAGCAACAUUCCUGAUUCUUGAAAGCAAUAGGUGCAGUGAGUGCUAUACUUAUUUAUUUUGUGAUAGACUUAUUUAGCAGAUAUAUAGGGCUGGGGAGAGCCAACUCCUCCACCUUGUGUCCUCUCUUCCACCUCUGCUCCCAUUUAGCCCUAAAGCAUGUGUGCCUGUCCUCACUGUGAUACUGAGCAAGUAUGAUACAUCCAGGAGCACUCUUCUCAGUUUGUUUGGGGAGACAUGGUCAGUCCUAAAGCCCUUUGCUCCCCGAACUCCCAAUCCCUGCUUCCUUAGGGACAGUGUAGCUUGGAUAAAGUGAGGUUGACAGCUAACCUUAAGCUCCUAACUUAAUCAUUUUCCUAAUUUAAAUGUAACUCAUUUUGGUCAAUUGUAUGAGGUAAGGAUAGGGAUAACUUUUAACAGUGAGGAAACUGAGCCACUGAGAGGAUACAUAUCUGCCCACGCCAGAGCCAAGAUUUGAAUGUCCCACAUCCCCCAACUCAGGCCUGCACUUCAAUUACAUUGUUAUAUUCUUCAAGGGGUGUUAUGAAAACUCAUGACUCCUUGUCCAUCUACUAACUGCAACUUGAAAUGUUAACAAUUAGAACACUCCAUCCAUUUUGUUUAAAAUUUAGAUUUUAUUGAAGUAUAACUGAUUUUUCACAAAUGAAACCCUUGAAUACCAUCUGCACACACAUCAACAAAAAAUAUUACCAGUGCCCUGGAAGCCCCCCUCAUGUUCCCUGACAGUUACUACAUCCCCAAGGGUAACCACUAUUCUAAUUUCUAAGACUGUAGGUUGGUUUUGUCUGGUUUGGGAAUUUAUGUGAAUAGAAUCCAAUAAUGAAUAUUCUUUUAUAUUAGGUUUAUUCAACAUUGUGAGAUAUUUGUUACAUGUUUUUGUUCAUGGUUCAUUCUCACACUGCAUGAAUAAAUCACAUAUAAGUUAUUUGAUGGAUAUUUGGUUCAUUCCCAGUUGGGGAACAAUAGUACUGCUUCAAAUAUUCUUGUACAUGAAUUUGGGUACACAUAGGUAUGCAUUUCUGCCUAGGAGUGGAAUUGUAUAUGUUGUAUAUUAUAUAUGUACUAUACAAUAUUUUCAGCUUUACUGGAUACUGCUGAACAGUUUACCCAAGUUCCAGUUGUCUCACAUUUUUGCCAGAAAUCGAUGGUGUUAGUUUUUUCCGCUUUAUUCUGGCAGGUAUAUAGUGGUAUUUCAGCGUGGCUUUAGUUUCAUUUCACUGAUUAUUAACAAGAUUGAGUACUUUUCAUAUAUGUUUAUUGGUCUUUACAUGUUUUCUUGUGAAAUAUCUGUUCAACUCCCCCAUGUUUCUAUUGAGUAAACUAUCUUUUGUAUUAACUUGUUGGUUUUUGAAAAAUGUUUAUUCUAGAUACAAGUUCUUUGUAGAAUGUACUGUGUUGUGAGAAUGUAUUUGUUGAAAAGAAGUUCUUUAUUAUACAAUUUACCAAUGUUCAUCAUGGUUGGCAUAUUUUGCUUAAGAAAUGUUUACUCCAAGAUCAUGAUUAUGAAAAACUGCCAAAUCCAUACAAA